AUGAGCUCAGCUUAUUCAUCUGUAUCCAAUGUAAUAUCCAGCGACAGCAGUGGUACAAGUGUCGAAUCCGAUCCAUCAUCCAUUGAACGCAGUGGUGUAAGUGAUGAUUUAAGUGCCAGAUCCAGAAAUCCACACCCACACCCACACCCUUCAUUAACUAAUGUUAAGUCAGCACGUAAAGAUCUAAAUGAUCCAAUUGCUCAACGUAAAAAAAUUAUGGAAAUACAAAAAAAAAUUGAAUCACUUGAAAACAAAAUUAUGUUAGAAAUAAGCGCAAUGAUUGAACUUGACCAACAACUAGUACGAGAUUUGGCACAAAUGUAA